CCACUACCCGAAGAGCUACCCUUCGACGAAACGCGACUAUCCCCCAGCCAUUGAAGCCAAGCCAUCAUCGAAGCUUCCCGCAUCACAAUCAAUUCGCAAAACAGUCAGGCCGAAUCUCAACGACAACACCCCCACUCCUCCCACCCGAAAAACAGAUAAAUCGCAAAGAUGAGCAAACCCGACCUCGUCUACGCCGACGAGCGGCGCUUCCUCGACGAACGCGGCUCCUCAGCCUCCCUAGCCCCCAACGGCGAGAACCCAGCCACAAUCAUGGAAAAGGCCGUCCGCGAGCGCAUCAUCGACUCCUACUUUUACAAAGAGCAGUGCUUCGCCGUCAACGAAGCCGACAUUGUCGACCGCGUCGUCGAGCACGUCACUUUUAUAGGCGGCACUUCGGGCGUCACGCAGAAGCCCACGCCGUUCCUGUGUCUUGCCUUUAAGCUGCUGCAGCUCGCGCCGUCGGACGAGGUGCUGGAGACGUAUUUGGGGUUCGGCGGGGAGAAGUUCAAGUACCUGCGCGCGCUGGCGUGCUUUUACGUGCGCAUGACGAGGAAGGCGAAGGAUGUGUACUUGUUUCUGGAGCCGUUUUUGGAGGAUCGGAGGAAGUUGAGGAGGAAGGGACGGCAGGGGACGAGUUUGACGUUUAUGGAUGACUUUGUGGAUGAUUUGUUGACCAAGACGAGGGUGUGUGCGACGAGUUUUCGGGAGUUGCCUAAGAGGGUUGACCUGGUGGAUUUGGGCGAGCUUGAGGAGAGGAUCAGUCCUUUGGGUGAUAUUGACGAGCUUCUGGAUGAUGAGGAAGAGAAUGAGGAAGAGAAUGCGGGAGCAAAUGGCGCGGACGAGUCGGAAGGAGAGGUGGUGGAGGAUAGGAGCGGUGCUGGGGAGCCAAUGGACGUGGAAAGAUCGAGGUCUAGGAGCAGAGAUCGGUCUCCUUGAGUGUAUGGCGAUAGCAAAAGAUGAUACCCAAUCUCUUGCUCCUACCGAGCAGAGUAUAAAAUAGACAAAAGCAUGAUUUUGGAUGCAUAGAGCAGGUGGGCUUUGGUGCUUGAGGAAUCUCCAGCUUGCAUAUCAUACAAAAAUAACAAAGCAUCUAAAGGUCCAAAAGGCAAAA